AUGGCCAAUACCGACCACCCUAGUGAUAACUUGUCACCAGCCGAACCUGAGAACAAAACGUAUGCGGAUAUCGUGAAGGCACUGGAAGAAUAUUUCGAUCCGGCUCCAUUGGAAAUGGUGGAACUUUGGAAGUUCCGGCAACGUAUGCAGCGGGAAGGAUUAAGAAACCAACUGGUGUUUGGUUUGAGGAGUGAUCGUACUCGGACACGCUUGAUAGAGGAGAAGAAAAUAACGUUCGACAAAGCGAAGCAAAUUGCACUCGCUAUGGAAGCGUCAGGUGAGGGGGCGGAUGCACUGAAUAGGCAGAUGCACGACGUGAACUUGACGGGCAGGAAAAGGUCUCAACCGAGACGGGGAUCGAUGACAUCCACUAAUAAUAAGGUAACUAACCCUACUAAAAGAAAUGUAUGUUUCCGAUGCGGUAGUGAGGCACACUAUGCGAAUAAGUGCGAGCACAUUAACAAGAUCUGUGGCCUUUGCCACAAGAAAGGUCAUUUAAAGCAAGUGUGUCUCAGCGCCAGCGCCGAACGCAAGCAAUUUUCUGGUGACGGUUACGCAACAAAGAGUAGACCUAAGAAGCAUUUCAUGAAUCUUGUUGAGGAUACCAUUAACUCGGAGUCCGAGUAUUCAAAUGAUGAUGCAAUUCAAAUUGUUGAAAUUUACAUUGUAGAACAGGAAAUCAACAGUUUGGUUGAGUCAGGUGUUUUGGUAAAGGUUAACCGUAGUGAGUGGGCAACGCCUGUCGUUCCGGUGAUUAAAUCCUCCAACAAAGUUCGCCUAUGUGGUGACUACAAACUUACAGUGAAUAAGUGA